CAUAGAGAUACUAGUGGCAGAGAGGUCAGUGUAAAACUGCCUUCUGCCCGUAACGUAUCGAACCGUAGUCGGUGGAGUGAACUGUCCUGCUGUUCGAUCAGAGUCCUCCUUCGAUCCUGAAGAGCUCCACGGAGAGAUCGACAGCCCCUAUCUGGGGAUUUCCUUAUCACGAGGACUAACGCUGGACGCCAAUCUCUGAAUUCUCGUUCUUUCUGUACAGGAUAAUAAAUUCAUGUGAAUGUGAAUGGAUACCAACAUCAUCGGCUGAAAGGCCCGUUACAGAUAUUCUUCAAACUGUCAACGCGGAAACAGCCCGAUGAAUAUUCGAUUGACAGGUGGACAUACGGUGAAGCAAAGGAGAUUUAUCGGGAAUACCAAUAACAAAAUGAUCAAUAUAUGGGAAUAUUUAUAGAUAUUUUAGGAAGAUAAUUUUCCUACGAUACGAAUGUAAGCGAAUGUUGUCCCCGCCACGUGUCACAGUGAACAUACAUGCUUCUGAACGGGGCUUCGCCAGGCAUUUUUCACAAGGCAACGGUUUUCCACAUUUUGAGGAUGCAAAACGCGUUAUCACGUUAUCACGUGCCGUGACGAGACUUACAGGUUCAACAACGACAGCGGACGGCGACACGUCUCGGUGGAUUUUUGUGAGCCAGGAGACGAGUGUGGGGAUCCGCGCGGAUUCAAAUGUGAUAUCGUGCACUUGCGCGAUUCGAUUUCCUUUUUGUAUCCUAUUCAGAUUUAGAGAUACCUUUUAUUUCGUUAUGAUGAUUUUAGAUAACGUCAGUUUUUUAUGUGAGACAAAGUGUGAGCCAAAGUAAUCGAGUAUUAACCGCAGAAUUCAUUUCGCUCGUAACUCCUGCGACAUUAACGCGGGACAGAACUAACAAAUUUGCAUAUCACAAACGAGCAAACACGUGGUCGAGAACGGAUGGUGCUUUAAUUCGCAGAGCCUGAGCGAACAUUCGACCCGUGUGCCGUGCUAGGCAGAGUUUUGUUAUAAUGAGUCGUUAAUUAAGAAUGCGCGAUGACGCAGCGAAUUUACCCGUGGUCCACGAGUCCUCGCGAGGGGUCGCAGGAUAUACAAAUGGAGAUGCCAAACUCCAAUCAUUCCCUCCGCCAGGGAAAAAUCCUCUCGAGAUACACACAACGAGACAGGGAGAAGGAUAAACAUGAAGCCGAAUACAUGCUGCAGGAAAAUAGCAAAGCAAUGGAAUUCGUGCCACCGGAAAAGAAAGAGGAGAAGGAAGAGAAACCAGCCUCGCAGACGCUAUUGCCCGUGCCUUACUACAAACUCUUCCGAUUCGCGACGUCGCUCGAGCUGAUGCUGAUCUUUUUUGGCCUAAUAUUGGGCUCAUUAGUAGGAUUUUGUAUACCACUUGGUACAAUACUAUACGGCGAGUUUAGUGCGCUCCUGGUGGAUCGUAACAUGGAAAAUCACACGAGCAAUCCAACCAAUAUACUGAAAUAUUUCGGAGGCGGGAAAGUUUUAUACGAUAACGCAACCCGCGAGGAGAGGAUGGACGCUCUUUAUGACGACGCGGUGUCUUUUAGCAUUGCUGCGACAACAGUAGCGCUGAUCCAGUUUAUCCUUUCUACGCUGGCAAUCGACUUCCUCAAUAUCUCCGCCUCGAGACAAAUCAGCCGGGUGCGCAAGAUGUUCCUGAAAGCCGUCUUGAGGCAGGAUAUGGCGUGGUAUGACACGAACACGUCGACCAACUUCGCCAGCAGAAUUACCGAGGACUUGGACAAGAUGAAGGAAGGCAUUGGGGAGAAGCUUGGGAUCUUCACCUAUUUGAUCAUGUCCUUCAUCAGCUCGAUCGUCAUCUCAUUCGUGUACGGCUGGCAGCUGACUCUGGUCGUGCUAAGCUGCGCACCGAUUAUAAUAAUUGCCACGGCGAUCGUCGCCAAGGUGCAGAGCUCCCUGUCUGCUCUAGAGCUGGCGGCUUACGGACAGGCCGGCAGCAUCGCCGAGGAAGUCCUCGGCGCCAUCAGAACCGUGGUCGCCUUUAACGGUGAGCAGAAAGAGGUAGAGAGAUACACGGAAAAGCUCGUACCCGCGGAGAAAACCGGGAUUAGAAGAGGGAUGUGGUCCGGAUUGGGCGGUGGAGUGAUGUGGCUUAUCAUCUAUCUCAGCUAUGCCCUGGCAUUUUGGUACGGCGUGCAAUUAAUCCUGAGAGAUCGUCAGGAGGAGUACAAGGAGUACACGCCGGCGGUAUUGGUGAUCGUGUUCUUCGGGGUUUUAUCCGGGGCGCAAAACAUGGGUAUGACCUCACCGCAUUUCGAGGCGUUCGCGGUGGCGAAGGGAUCGGCGGCCGCGAUCUUCCAAGUACUCGACCGUGUCCCAACGAUCGACAGCUUGAGCAAGAAGGGCAAAAAGCUGAAAUCCGUCAAUGGCGAGAUCGAGUUCAGGAACGUCAAGUUCUGUUACCCGGCGAGGAAGGACGUCGAAGUGCUGCAAGGGUUGAACCUGAAGAUCAAUCGCGGCGAGACGGUGGCGCUCGUGGGCGGAUCCGGAUGCGGCAAAUCGACCUGCCUGCAACUGAUCCAGCGACUGUACGAUCCGAUCAAUGGAGAGGUUCUUCUGGACGGAGUCGACGUGUCGACGUUGAACGUUCAGUGGCUACGCUCGCACAUCGGCGUGGUCGGCCAGGAGCCCGUGCUCUUUGACACAACGAUACGGGAGAACAUCCGCUACGGAAAUGACAGCAUUACCGAGGACGAGAUGAUCAAAGCGACCAAGGAAGCGAACGCCCACGAUUUCAUCAGCAAACUGCCGGAGUGUUACGAUAGUCCCGUGGGUGAGAGGGGUUCCCAAAUGUCUGGCGGACAGAAGCAAAGAAUCGCGAUCGCACGUGCUCUGGUCAGGAGACCAGCGAUCCUUUUACUGGACGAGGCGACCUCUGCUCUGGACGUUCACAGCGAGGCGACCGUUCAAAGGGCUCUCGACGCCGCGUCGAAAGGGAGAACGACGAUUAUAGUCAGCCACAGGCUCUCCACGAUCACGAAUGUCGACAGGAUCGUGUUCAUCAAGGACGGCGUUGUCGUCGAGCAGGGAACUCACGACGAAUUGAUGGCACUCGAGAAACACUAUUACGCAUUGUACUCUGCCCACACGAACGCCGAAGUUAAAGACAAGGCUACGAAGAUCGCCGCGAAGACCAUGACGACCGCGAAGAGCCCGAAGAUGAAGACGAAGCCGACGCUGAUGAAACAGUUCUCGACGCUGUCCAUGCACUCUCAUCGACUUUCCUUGGCAAGAUCAGAAUCCACAGUGGAAGAACUCGAGGAGCACGAGAAGCCUUAUAACGCGCCCAUGAUGAGAAUAUUCGCGCUGAACAAACCAGAAUGGCUAUACAAUCUGAUAGGAUGUUUCGCGGCGACAUUGGUAGGCGCGUCCUUCCCGGCGUUCGCCGUACUGUUCGGCGAGGUCUAUGCCGUGUUGGGUCUUCAGGACCACGAGGAGAUCACCAGACGGACCAUCAACUUCUCGAUACUCUUCAUCGUCGUCGGUAUCUGUGUGGGUAUCGGAACAUUCCUGCAGAUGUACAUGUUCAGCUUGGCCGGCGUGCGGAUGACCACGCGAAUAAGAAAGCUAGCAUUCGCUGCGAUGGUGAAGCAGGAGAUGGGCUGGUACGACGAGGAUGCCAACAGCGUGGGUGCCCUUUGCGCGAGGUUGUCGUCGGACGCCGGGGCGGUCCAGGGCGCGACUGGAAGCCGCAUCGGCUCGAUACUCCAGGCCUUCUCGACCAUCGUGAUCGGAAUCGGGAUCUCCAUGUACUAUACAUGGAAGAUGACGCUGGUCUCGACGGUGUCGAUCCCGCUGGUGCUCGGCGCGGUGUUCUUUGAAGCGCGAGUGAUGAGCGGUCAAGGCAUGCAGGAGAAGAAGAAGAUGGAGGCGGCCACUCGGGUCGCUAUCGAAGCGAUAUCCAACAUCCGCACGGUCGCCAGUCUUAACAAGGAGGAGCGCUUUUUCACUAGGUAUUGCGCAGAGCUAGACCACGUCGCCAGGGCGACCAGGGUCAGGAACAGAUUGCGAGGACUGGUGUUCUCGUGCGGACAGACCGCGCCAUUCUUCGGAUACGCUCUGAGCUUCUAUUACGGCGGUUACUUGGUAGCCAGGGAGAAUCUCAACUAUGAGGAUGUCAUCAAGGUGUCAGAGGCGUUGAUCUUCGGAUCUUGGAUGCUCGGCCAGGCGCUCGCGUUUGCGCCAAACUUCAACACGGCCAAGAUUUCCGCUGGCAGAAUCUUCCGACUGCUCGACCGGGUGCCGCAGAUCACUUCGCCACCGGGAUCGGAAGGGAAGGAUCUGGACUGGAAGGCGGACGGCUUGAUCCAAUUCUCGAAAGUCGACUUUGUCUACCCAACGCGGUCGGAGGUGCAGGUGCUCAAGGGGCUGAAUCUAAUCGUGAAGCCGGGUCAGAUGGUGGCCCUCGUGGGCCAAAGCGGUUGCGGCAAAUCUACUUGUAUUCAGUUGCUCCAACGGUUGUACGAUCCGAUCGCCGGUACCGUCACGUUGGACCGCCGUGACGUCGCAUCGGUUUCCCUGUCCAGCCUUAGAUCGCAGCUCGGCGUUGUCGGCCAGGAACCGGUUCUCUUUGAUCGCACUAUCGCCGAUAACAUCGCCUACGGUGAUAACUCCCGACAGGCAAGCAUGGACGAGAUCAUCGAGGCUGCCAAGAUGUCCAACAUCCACAGCUUCAUCGCUUCGCUGCCGUUGGGUUACGACACAAGAUUGGGAUCAAAGGGUACUCAGCUUAGUGGCGGACAAAAGCAACGGAUAGCGAUCGCACGUGCGUUAUUGAGAAAUCCUCGGGUAUUGCUACUGGAUGAAGCAACUUCGGCCUUGGACACUCAAAGUGAACAGGUCGUGCAGGCGGCCCUGGACAAAGCCAUGAAGGGCAGAACGUGCAUCACCAUAGCCCACCGUCUGGCCACCAUAAGGAACGCCGACGUGAUCUGCGUGGUCGACCGGGGUGUCGUGGCCGAAAUGGGCACUCACGACGACCUGAUGGCGGCCGAUGGCCUCUACGCUCACCUGCACGCCCUCCAGGAGACCUCCAUACAGUAGAGGAACGUCGGACUUCCGCUUUUCCCUUCUACGUGCGCCGCUUGGUGCGACCGACACGGUGGAUUCGUCGAGGACAAGGGGGAAGUUAAUUCGGGGACGGUCGAGCGCGCGAGAAACGGAGGAGGACUGACCAACCGCGUAAAACCGCAGGGCGGAAUUCGAGUGGCCGCGACCACCGCCGCAGGGUUCGUUGCCCACGAAACGUCGAGGGACAUGAAGCGACGAGCGAUGCUCAAAGGAACGAACGCGUCCAGGAUCGACGGGGAAGUCCCGCGGGCUUCCCUUCCACGGGAAACGUUAACGGCUCAUCUGUCGCGUCCAUCGACUCACACCCUGCAACGAGUGCCAGCCGAGACGGGCGAGAUCGAAGAGGAAGUAUUGGCGAUCGCUACUUCCGCCGGAGAUGUGAUUGAACUUUGAAAAAUACGAAAUCAUUCUUUCUCCGUCGGGAUCCGGUCCAGUUUGAUUGACUUUCGCGAAUGAGCUAGCCAAUUUUCAUCACGAUAGGUUUUCAUUCAUCCCAUAAUGUAGUGUUCAUCACAUUGCGGUACGCAUGCAUCGACACGAACAUGGAUAGAUCGACGCCGUAGCUUUCCCAUAGGCGUGAGCAUUUCUGUGUCGCGAAUUUCGUCGGAUUUCGAUGGAUUUCACGUUUUCCGGAGAAUCGAUCCUCGCAGCAGCGAGGUUCCUCGAGCUUCACCGUGCUCGCGUCUCCUCGUUUUCCCUUCAUCCCUACGUCCAUCAUUCUCAUCUGCAUCUGGUCAUUUGAUCAUCAUCUUUGUUAGUUUUACGCGAAAUGUUACGCGGCCGAGAGGCUUAAAUUUGCGUUGAGAACGCUGUGCAUACACGCGCGUUGCUUCUCUCGGCCAUGUGACUUCAUUAGGCAUCGUAUCGUGCACACCCGCGUGACGAUACAUCCUUUUAGACGACGAAACGCGUAGCGCGCGGCAUUAUCCGUAAUGGCAGUCGACGUAAUAGACUUUAACAUUCCCCUUCGUAUCCCGCGCCGCCCCUAUUCGUACCCGUCGACUUUUCUCCCGGUGGCGUUUUCUCGGGUGAUAAUAUUUCUCCACGCGCACACGCUCGUACACGCACACGUACAACAUGCUCGCGGAUGUCGUCAUAUCCGACGACGAGUACUGAGACGCUUCGACUAUCCCUCUUCUUGUGAAAAGAGAGAAAGAGAUAACUAGAUCGGAUAAACAAGAACAGUCGAGAUGGUUUCGAUCCACCCAGCGUGAAAGGAUUCGAGGGUUUGUCGGGGACAACUCGCUACCGUAUCCCGCUGAUCGAACGAAAGUCGAUACAGUCGUCAAAUGGACCCAAUUAGCGUAAUUAAUGUUAUUGAUCUGCGCCCAUCCCGCCGUGUCUCGCUAGAUUAGAUAGACGAGCGGCGAACGGAUCGAUCGACUUGCGGGAAACUCGUGACUCGUGUAACAAGGCGUGCAAAUGGCGACAGAUGUUCAGGGUUAUAAGGGCGUGACGUGCGUAAGACCGUCUCUCCGUCUCGUCGUAAUUUCGCCGAUGGCGUGGCGACGUUCUAACGCUGCCAUGAAAAAUGUAUAUAGGUCCCUCUCUCUUUCUCUCUAUCUCUCCUGGAGGUGUGGACCACGCGUCAUCCCGCGCGUCCCUUUAUUUCUAUUCUUUCAUCUGAAAUAUUCAUCUCUUUAUUCCCACGCAGAGAAAGAAAGAAGAAAGGAGGGAACUUCCCUCUCCCAUUCAAGCGCACAGACAUACAGUAUAACGUAAACUGUACGUAAAAUGUGAUGAUUUUAUCCACGAGCCGAGACGCAGGAAACGUGAUAAAUCGUCGUCGGUCUCGUUCCACUUCUGGUGCUUCAACGAUCAGACGUUAGUGCGGAGAACUCACCGUCGCGUGGCGGAAAAAUAUGACAAAGACGACGAAGCGAGUGACGAGGGAAGCCGAUGAGGGACGCGUACGCGGUAUUAGUUUACGUCAAAGGAGGAGAUGCCUUCCCCUGUCGGGGGUGAAGGCAGAUAUAUGCGAUCGCGAGAGCGCGCGCUCUGAAUUCGAUCGACAGGAAUUAUGUAAAACAAUGCUCAUGCACGAGUAAACCGAAAUUUAUCGCCGCAAUAGCGGUUACGCCGCGCUAUGUCUUACGUAUGGCGACAUAUAAAUAAAGCGAAAUAGGAAGUCGUAUAUCUGCGGGACGGGGGGGACGACCAGGUCCCGCAGGAAUCUGGCCUCGCCCGUACGAAACGGUCCCCGGCGCGCGAAACGAAAAUCGAUAAUCGCGAAACAAUCAGCGAUACGGCGCAGCAGGCGACGCGCCCUUCUCCCAUAAAUUACUUGUCAGCGUCAUACCGCGAUUAUGUUCUCUCGAUACCCGGUGCCUUCUUUCCUUCUAGGCUUUAAUAACAAAAUUUGCCGGCGAGAAGGCUUAUCAGCUUUGCCGAUGACGUACGCACCGCUGCGAGGGAGUGCGUGCGAAAGUGGUCCCCGGACGAUUUUUCAGAAUUUGUGCCUUCGGCUUAGGGGUGCCACUAUCCCGAUCCAUUACCGCGAGAUAAUACCGCACGAGCACGUUGCGGCCGAAUGUAAAAGGGUGAUAGCUACUAAUCGACGAAUAUUCGGGGUACGACGGGAUAUACCGAGCAAAGAUGCGGUUAAUCAUGGGCUCGAAGGGGUGAUUAGCCAUUGUUUCAAGAGAGUGUUAUAUAUUGCCCUCGCGGUAUUUGUGUCUACUUACAAGCGGAUUUAACUCUAUCCUUUCGGGAUAUUCAUGGAAAAUGAAGAAUUAUCAUUUUAGACUUAUGGGAUAUGUAAUUCGGGGAAAACGGUCAACAUCGGAGGAAUCAGUGGGCCAUUUCUUACGACCCCUGGUCGAGUGACUUAUUUAGGGCUGCGGCCAUCGUAACUUAAAGAUCUUGCAUUAGUUAAGCGAAAAAAGAAGAAAUUCUUUCGAUUUGCAUGUGCGAAGAUAAUUUCUAAAGUGCAAGAAUUAGCGUAAUUCACACACGAGUAAUCAGACAUGUACGUUGAUUUGUAAUCGUGUAAGCGUACUUAUAUGAUGAUACUAGAUGUAUGAGGAGGAGGAGGCAGAGAAGGAAGUAUUAAAGCUUUUGUUAUAAGAGAGAACAAUAUCAUUGUGACGUAAUAAUAAAGAAAGAUAUAACGAAAAGAA